GCGCGACUCGGUGGUCAACUUCUCGUGGUUACUGUUCAUCUGCGACUAUGGUGAUGCGAUUUCACCUCGAUUCUUGCUCUUUUCAACACCAAAUUGGUUGGGUCUCUAAGCGACUUGGUAUGUUCUCCCACGGCCUGAAGUUGGAUUAUCAUUUCAACUCAAGAUUCCAUUGAAUUUAGCGUCUCUGGGACUCGGUGUCACUGUUCACAGCGCUACCUUGAAAGUCCAGGUUUAACCAUGAUUUCAGCUUGUUUCUUCUCCUUUUAUUCUGGUAUUGUGGACGGGAUUUAGUGGCCUUUCAAUGUCUAGUGUUGGAUAUCUGAUUCAUAAACUGGUUUUGGCUUCCUUGAAUUUCUUGGCCCCUGGCACUGUUAAUGUUCUUCGUUUCCCCUUUGCUGUUUGGUUGAGCAUGGUCUGGGCUCUGUUGCUUGUGCUUUUCUUCAUUCAUAACUUAUAAGGGUAGCUUGAAGAUGAAAUUCUUUGCUCUAGCACUUGUGGUUCUGCUUUCAUUUUGACAAUGGCUGUGUGGCAUUGCUCAUGUCUUCGUCUGUAUUCUGCUUCUGCUUUGAAGAAUGCCCUGGGCUGCGGCCUUGUGUGUUUUCCAGGUCAGCCUUUAGGAUGAGAGGAGAGAUUUUGGGCAAUGCCACUAAUCAUGGUUCACCUUUCACCUUGUUUGGGAAGGGCCGCCUAAUAUGUAUUUCUCGCUGCCUUCUGUGUAACACCAAAAAAUGGGAAGCCAUUGAUGAGUCCUUGGAUUCCAAUGUCUCAACACCAUAAAAGGGAAGUGUUUGACUUUUGCUUCAACCAAUCUGUGUGUUGCUCGGGUGAAGGAAAGUUGAGUUUUCUUGUUGGUAGCCCUGUCCUUUUGGUUGUGUGUUGUAGCCUUGUUCAUUUCCCAGGCUCCUUCCUUCCUUUGGUACUUGGUUUGGCUUUCACACUGCUGUGUGGACUUCAUUGAACUGUUGUUUUGACGUGCUAAAGGAGCUGAUGGAUUUCGGAGCCAACACAGGUGUUGAAGUGCAGUGUAUGCCUUUUGGGUUGUUGGUUUGAGGCUGAGGAAAGCUAUUGCCUAUGCUUUGUCCUCAAUGCUUAACCACCUUUGGUUGCUUCUUUGUGACUUCAUUGAGAGGAAGAGGACAACUUCAAGGGUGUUUAUAGGAGCUCCUGGUCAGGCUUUUGGAUCCCAUUCACAGCUGCUGGAAUUAUGGUACCAAAGGGGGGAAAAUACGGGCAGUGACAGCCUUUGUGCAGCUGGUUUGAGGCCGAGGUAAGCUGUACCUUGUGCGCUGUCCUCUAGGCUUCACCGGCAGGUUUCUUGGCCUGGUUUUUUUUCCUUAACCACCUCAGGUUGGUGCGUUGUAACUUCACGGGGAGAUGAAGGACAAUUUCAGGGCUGUUUUAUGACGCUGCUGGAAAUAAUGACGCAUUGGAUCUGGCCUUCAACAGCCCCGUUUGCUGCUGUGGUUCAUUGCGGCUGUGCUACUGGUUUGGACCUGCUGAAAUGCUGUUUGGACGGUGCUGGAGCUGCUGGACUGUUUGUGCCAAGGAAGAAAAUAUUGGGCUUUGUGGAGGCUUGUGGGCUCCUCAACUUGAUCUUAUUACUAAUUACGGAGUACUUUUUAAAAUCUGAAUUAAAUACACUUAUAUUUUAAAUAAUUUUUUAAAAUCCCGAUUGAAUACCAACUGACUUUUGAAAUCCAAAAAAAUCCUGCAGAAUUUGGAUUGAAUACACCUCCCAUAGUAUGAUAAUGACUUUGGAAAAUGGUUUUAAAAAUACCAUUUUUACCUCUCUUCAAGAGGUUCUUUUCAAAGAAAAGGCAUUCUACCGCUACCUCUCUUAUUCAAGAGGUAGCUCGCAUUCCAUAUGCUACCGAGUGGGAGCUGUAUUAUCCCGGUGGACGGAUCCCUCCGUUUUCUCCCAUGUAUGAUGUUGCACACGGCUCUGGAGUACUCUAUGAAGCGCCACCUUCUAUCUCUGAUAUGCAAGUCCUGCGUAGGUUUGACACUAAUUACCAGCAGUGGGUUCACAAGCACAACUCUGCACUGCAUUCCCCCGAAUUGUCCCUAAAUCUUGGAGACGCUUACUCCCUCAUUUGGCGCUACUACGGCUGGGAGGAUAAAAUUUCGAAACUACUCCAUCGUGAGCGCAUAGCCAUAUCUCCCAAUUGGACUCCUAUCCUGCCUCGCAUCCCGGAGCUUUGUUAUUGGGUGGCUCCCCCAGGACUUCUCACAACCAACUGUGACGCUUCGUUGGCUAGCCGAGCCAUCGGGGUGUCAUUCCGGACACCAAGAGGGGAGCUUCUGGGCAAUCUAAUUCACCAAUCUUUACCCGACGAUGUGUGCACAGUCGAAGGAGCAGAGGUCUUCGCGAUGCUAAAAGCUUUAGAGGCCAGUAGGCAGUUGCUUCGUGGGUUUGAAGACUCCCACGAGUGCAAGAAGGGGCUCCUCCUUUUAAACGACAACAUGCACAUGGUCCGGAAGCUUGUUUGUGGGGAGUUCAUGAAGGGAAGCACACCCACAGCUUUGUUGGUUAACGGGCUCCUACAAAAGGCCCGUAACGUCAUCGCCGACAUAGAGCGUGACAAGACAGUUGUCACUAUCCUCUAUGUUCGGCGGGAGUCUAAUCGACUAGCCGAUUUUGUGUCGGCUUUCGAUGUUUCCGGCUCAGAUCAGGGGUCCUUCUUGUCGGCGGAGUACUCCGGUGAUUCUGAAACGGAGUGCAUCCCCUCUCUUCUCUCCGAAAUAUUGAGUGAAGAUGCCCAGGGAGAAUUUCUUUUCCGCAAGGGAACAAUUGACGAAAUAAGAGAGGAGGGUUUUACACCUAAGAAGGAGAAAUUGUCGAAGAGGAAAACAUGACAAGCAAGCUGCGUGCAAAUGUUUCUCGACUUUUUUUUGGCCAAGCAACGUGGGGAAAACAUGACAAGGGGAUCGGAGCAUGUAUAGCAUCCUCUAUCUCAGCUCUGACUUUUUUUUUUUUGUUAGUUCCACUCUAUUAACUAGACCCGUACCCGUGCGAUGCACGGAGUAUUAAUUGACACAUAAGUACUCCAUGUUUUGAAUCAGAAAUAAUCUUACAAAAGUCUAAAGGAUUACAUAAAUAAGUAGUUAUGAA